GACUGCUCCAAGUUACGAGAAUCGUAGUGCUGGCCAAGAACACAAAUCAAGCAGAUGGUUCCAUCAUGGACCGAGGCUGUGGCGCGCUGCCUGGUAGCAAGAUUUCUCAACCGAUUCGUAUCCAUCGGCAGCUUGACAUUGCUCGAAGAUGGAGGCAGCACGUUGAGCUUCGGCGAUUCCAGUGACGAAUGCCAAGUAAAAUCGGCUCUGCGAGUUCAUGACCCCGUGUUCUACUGGAAGAUCGCAACGGAAUCUGACCUUGGUUUGGCAGACGCCUACAUCAACGGCUGGUGCUCUUUUCUCGAUGAGAAAGAAGGCCUUCUAAAUCUUUUCCUGAUUUUCAUUGCCAACAGAGACAAGAGCAGUAGCAGCAUUGUCAGCAAAAGAGGCUGGUGGACACCCAUGAUUCUAACAGCUGGGGUGUCAUCUGCAAAAUAUUUCUUGCGCCACCUCUCGAGGAACAACUCCGUAACACAAACUCGUCGAAACAUCUCACAGCACUAUGAUCUGAGUAACGAUUUCUUCUCGCUUUUUCUGGACAAAUCGAUGACGUACUCCUGUGGAAUUUUCAAGAAAGAGGACGAAAGCUUAGAAGCAGCCCAGCUACAUAAACUGAGCCUUCUAAUUGACAAGGCUAAAGUCCAAAGGGAUCAUCAAGUUCUUGACAUCGGAAGCGGCUGGGGAAGCUUAGCGAUACAGUUGGUCAAGCAAACUGGCUGCAAAUACACUGGAAUAACUUUGUCGGAGGAACAGCUUAAAUACGCCCAGAGGAAAGUGAAAGAAGCUGGAUUAGAGGAUCACGUAACUUUCCUGCUGUGCGACUACCGUAAAAUACCAGCUCGCAAAUAUGACAGGAUCAUAAGCUGCGAGAUGAUCGAACAUGUUGGCCAUGAAUACAUGGAUGCAUUUUUUACCUGCUGCAAGUCUCACUUAACUGAAGACGGCAUAUUUGUCCUCCAGGCCAUCACAAUGCCCGGCGAACUCUACGAGGAAUAUAUUAGAAGCCCAGGCUUCAUAAAAGAAUAUAUCUUCCCUGGGGGGUCACUUCCUUCUUUGUCCCGUAUAAAGUCUAUUUCCGCUUCAUCUGGGCUCUGCAUAGAGAACCUCGAGGAUAUUAAUGGGAACCAUUAUUACCGAACUCUCAGAAGCUGGAGGAACAACUUAAUGGCCAACAAAGAUGAAAUUUCGGCACUGGGCUUUGAUGACAAGUUCAUCCGCACAUGGGAGUACUACUUCCUAUACUGUGCAGCUGGUUUCAAGACGCAAACACUUGGAGAUUGCCAGGUUGUAUUUUCUCAUGCGGGAAGCGAAGCUGGCCCUGGAUUUGAUGACUGAUGUAUGAUUCUAUAUGACUUGUCACACAUAUCCGGGCAAGACUCUGCGUGGCCUGAAAUAGGCGCACGUAUAUUACCGAGUCAGUUCUUCCAAGACAAUCCCAGCCAGGCUCAUGGUGGCCUAAUAAGUGAUUUUUACCUAUGUUGCUUAAGUGGUACACUGUUUGAUUUGUACCGGAAGUAUGUAGUUGUGCA